UGUUCUUCCUAAAUGACUCCUUCAUGACAUCCAUCGGGGUACUUAUUAGUGGUCCGACAGGCGUCUCGGGAUUAGUACACAUCCCGCUAUACAUCGGAACAAUAGCGUACUAAACAAAAUAAGUCUUAAGUGUGUUGUGAUUUAUAAAUUAAUAUUUGAUGGAGAACUUCUUAAAUUAUCAGUGCACAGAAGAAACCUGGGAUAAGGGUAUAUUUACACCUUAUCAGAACGGUGCUGGAGUGGUGUCAGCGGUGAAGCAGAGAUGCCAAGCCAAUGCGAGAGAAAGGGACAGGACGCAAAACAGUGUCAACACGGCUUUCAACACUCUUCGGUUACUGAUUCCCACCGAGCCACCGGACAGGAAACUCAGUAAGAUAGAAAUAUUGCGGCUCGCUGGCAGCUACAUCACGCAUCUCGACAACCAACUCUUUACUGGCGACGUGGAUCAACCCUGUCUUCAGAAGAAUGAUGGCGACAACAAAAAUAAUUCCCUAUGCACGUUUUGCUGGUCGUCGUUGAAAAAAGAAAAAAACGCGCCGCCGCCUGACAAAAAUUACUACAAAAUGACAUAUUAAUAACAAUGUUCUACGUCAAGUUCAACUAGUCCAACCUUUAGUUAGCAUUUGUAAAUGUAAGCAUAAUAUUAAAUUUCUAUAUUAUAUCUAUGUACUUACCUAAUUUAAUAAAAUUUACUUACCCAAUCAAUUACUGAAA